AUGGACCACGUGAAACAGGCGCUCGGAGUCAUGUACUCGGCCUCGGCACUGCAGCAGCAGAAAAAAGAGGCCACCCACUUCUUGGAAGCGUUCCAGAAAACGCCCGAGGCAUGGCAAGUGGCCCACGAGCUUCUUUCCGAUCCCGCUUCGCCGUUGGAGUUCCGCAUGUUUGCAGCUCAGACGUUGCGAUCCAAGGCCACCUACGAUUUGCUGCAGCUUCCGCACGACGCGGUGGUGCAAUUGCGCCAGUCGAUGCUUGAUCUUCUCUCGAUCUAUGCAGCCAAGGAUAAGCUGAUCCGGGUGCAGCUAUCGUUGUGCCUCUGCCAGAUUGCGUUGCAGGACUUGCAGUGGGCCAAUGCUAUCAAUGAUGUUUCGGCGCGGUUGACCACGUCCGAGGAGUGUGUGCCGGCGUUGUUGGAGUUUUUGAAGAUCUUGCCGGAGGAAUUGACCCUGGCCAAUAAGACGCCAUUGACGGACCAGGAGUUCAACAGUCGCACAAAGGAGCUCAUAACAAACAACGUGCAGAAUGUGCUUGUGCUUCUCAAACGCAUGGCGGACUCUGGCUCCCACUCGGCGUUGCUUUUGGACUGCUUAAAUAGUUGGAUCAAGGAGUGCCCCAUUGUCGAUGUGUUGAGCAUCGAAUCCCUCGCAAAGUUGAUGUUCCACUCUCUUACCGUAGACGAUACUUUUGAAAGCGCAGCCGAGUGUCUCUGUUCUGUGUUCAGGGAGACCAGGGACAUAGACAACUACCAGCUCAUCGACGCCUUGUACCAACAACUCUUGAGUGUCCACGAUGCCUUCACAAAGAACCCGGGCAAGUUGGACGACCCGGAGACAGUCAGCGGCCUCACGAGGAUCUACGCGGAGGCGGGCGAGUCCUGGCACGUCCUCAUUGCCAAGAACGCUUCCCACUUCAAGCCCUUGGUCCAAAUUCUUCUCGAGUGCUGUAAAUACGACCAGGACUUGGAUGUGGUGAAGUACACGUUCUACUUCUGGUACCAGCUCAAGCAGAUGUUAACGCUCCCCAAAUUCGAGGCGUCUCGCGCAGAAUUGCUGCCCAUCUAUUUGGAGCUCAUUCUGGUCAUCAUCUUCCACCUCCGCUAUCCUACAAAUCUGAGCGACAACAACUUAUUCGAUGGCGACAAAGAGGCCGAAGAUAAAUUUAAGGAGUUCCGUUACGAGAUGGGUGACGUCUUGAAGGACUGCUGUGCUGUUGUGGGACCCCAAAGAGCAUUGAAUGUCCCAUUCCAGCAAAUCAACGACAUGAUCAAUCUGCAAGGUGGCCAGUGGCAACUUUUAGAAGCUCCUCUCUUCAGUAUGCGAGUCAUGGCCAAGGAAGUUUCCAAAAAGGAGAAAACCAUUCUUCCCACCAUCAUGAGACUAUUGGUUCGUCUCCCAGAGCAUCCAAAGAUAAGAUACGCUACAACGUUGGUUUUGGGACGCUAUUCUGAAUGGACCGCAAACAAUCCGGAAUUCUUGGAGCCACAAUUGAACUACAUCAUUGAGGGUUUCCUGGGAGACGUCUCGUCGACUACGGAUAUUGUCAAUGCAACUUCCCAGGCACUCAUGUACUUUUGUCAAGAUUGCGCUCCAUUGCUCAUCAACUACAUGGAACAACUCUACAUGCUUUACAAACAAGUUCAAGAUAAGCUUGGUACUACAGCAGUUUAUGACUUAGUGGAUGGAUUGUCUCAUGUCAUCCGUGAAAUGCCUGCUGACAAGCAAUACAUGGCUGCGGAAACUUUCCUUACACCAACAUUAAUGAAAAUAUCUGAGCUCAGCGCGGGUAAUCCUCUUGAUGAGGCCGUCACGACUCAGCUCAGAGAUGAGGGUGAAAUCCUCAGCAUAUACCAAAACAUUGCGCGUUGUUACAACUACGAGGUGUCAACAUGCCCCACUGCCAGUUUUUUCAUCGAGAAAAUAUGGCCAAUUAUUACUACUGUACUUUCAAAGUUCGGAAAGUCUCUCAAAGUGAGCGAGUUCUACCUCCGGAUCAUUAAGAAUGCUGUUCAAGGUUGCACGACAUACCUCACUCCCAUUAUCGGAGAGAUUUGCAAUUUGCUUCAUGAUGGGUUUAAGGCAACACUUUACGGCUGCUACCUUUGGGUGACAGGCGUUGUCAUUCAAUGCUCUCCUGAGUUCGCAGAAAGCCUCCAGGCCAUUUUCCAGCUUGCUCUCUCGCAGUCCAAUGCGUUUUUCCAGAUCAUAUCCAAAGAUUCAAGCGUAGACAUCAAAAGCAUGCCGGAUGUCGUUGAGGACUUCUUCAGUAUGGCUUCCGAGCUUCUCAUGUACUUCCCUCCAGAAGUAACCUCCAACGAAGAACUUAUGCGCUCGAUCUUCGAGGCUGGAAUUCUUGCAUUGGAAAGCAGCGAAGAGUACAAUCCUCUCAUGGCGUGCGUUCAUUUUUUCAUCGACUAUAUAUCCUGGGCGUCCGAGUAUCCCCCAGUGUCAUUGUACGAGGGCGAUUUCGAGGCCGUCAAGCAAAACGUCAAAUUAUUCAUGUCUGUCGACACCCACGUCGAACGUCUUCUACAAGCCGUCAUCAGAGGCCUCAUCUUCAAAUUCUACAACGAUGCCGAUGGAAAUGAUCUUGUGAUUAAGAUAUUGGGGGUUGCUGCGGACCCCAAUCAGUCCAUUGCGCGUCUCAACACCGCUAUUUUGACCCUUCCUAACAUCAGUGAAAAAGAAAUUAGCAAACUCAUGGGCUCCGUCUCUGUUGCUCUUCCCAACAAAGACAUGCGUCGCAUCCGCAUUGCCAUCAAAGACUUUGUCAGCUGGUAUACUCGCAAAAAUGUGAACACUCGUGCCGCGUUUAAUUGA